AUGGCCGUGAACUGCGCCGUCAUAUAUAGGAUGAGACCGCGGAUUCUGGCAUCAGUCUCCUCUCAGCGCUCGACAUGUUUUCUCUCCGCGCUCCUGAUCCUCGCCUUGGCCCUGGCACCCUACGCCCUGGGAGACGACCUCCACCACGGCGCAGGAGUUCUCGGCGGCUUCCUUCACGGAGGAGCCGGGCACGGGGGCCUCGGGGUCGGAAUAGGAGGGUAUCUGGGCGAGGAAAUCCUGCACGGGGGGGCGGUUCACUUCGCGGCGCCGGUGUAUCAUAGCGAAAAGGACCUUAAGUUUGAUUACAAAGCCCCAGCCCACUACACCUACGACUAUGGCAUCGACGACGCCCACUUAGGCACGAACUUCGGCCACGCAGAAUCUCGCGACGGUUACAAGACCAAGGGCGUGUAUUACGUGCACCUCCCCGACGGGCGCCUCCAGACGGUCAAGUACUACGUGGAUGAGCAUGGCUACCACCCUGAGGUCACUUACUCAGGCGUCGCUCAUCAUGACACGGGGAUACUGCAUCACCAUCCUGAACCUUAUCAUUAAUAGGGGAUCAUAGUCUUCGUGGUUUAAUAGGUGCGUGUAGAAAAGGUAGGAGUGAGAAUAAAUAUCUUCACAAUAUAUUUGUACUUCGCAAUGUAUAUGUAUGUACCGGUUUCGAAUAUAGCUUCGUCGGAAAUGCAUGCGUAUGUGUUCCUGACGAAGAUAUUUUUGA